AUGCAAAGGUUCCAGAACAACUUCACGCCUGGACCUCCAAGAGCCACAAAGUCGGCGCCUACCGUAUUCUGUUUCAUUUGUGGACGCCAGUUUGGAUCCAAAAGUAUUGCCAUACACGAGCCACAAUGUCUGAAGAAGUGGCACGCUGAGAACGAGAAGCUACCCAAAUCGAAGCGACGAGCUGCUCCAGUGAAACCAGAUGCAGUUAUUGGAAACGAUGGUGAAGUAGAUGCGGUGGCGACUAAUGAGGUGCUGUGGAAGAAUUCACAAGGAUUAAUGGUAGAGUGUGAACAUUGUGGGCGCAAAUUCAAUGAAGAUCGUCUGUCAGUCCAUCAGAGGAGCUGUACUGCCGAGAACCCGGCUAAAAGUGUAGGCAGGAGUAGAUCAAAAAGCCAACCAAAGAGAUAA